AUGCGUCAGUUAUGGUCGACUCUGAGGCCAAACACGGACUUCAUCAUGGCCAUUAAAGACUUAAAGAAGAAGUAUCCAUCAUUACGUGUUCACGCGUUCAGUAACAUUUCCGCUCCAGACAUGAACCGCCUAAAGCACACCAUCGAUACCUGGGAACUUUUCGACAAUGUUAUCGGGUCAGGAAGCAUUGGCCACCGAAAGCCCGAAUUCGACUCGUUUAGACGCGUCCUAGAAUGUGCCGAAAUUUCUCCUAGUGCUGCUAUUUUCGUCGAUGAUACCCCAGAGAAUGUCGUGACGGCUUUUCUCUUCGGGAUUCAAGGUUUUUUGUUUGAUGAUACAGCCACUGCUAUCAAACGCAUUCAUAAUCUCGUUGGCGAUCCUGUUUCACGGGGCAUGAAAUUUUUAAAGAAGAGGUCCAAAAACUUGUUCUGCGAAACCGACAAAGGCAUAACUAUCAAGGACAACUUUUCUCAGUUGUUGAUUCUCCAGUGUAUCGGAGACAGGUAG